AUGGAGUCGAGUGAAUUUCCUGGCUCCUUGGGGCCAAUGUCCCUGCCAGAUAAGCCACUGAUUGGAGACCUUCCUGCAGACAUGGAGUAUGGAGAGGAUCUGCUAGCAUCCCAAACAGCCUCCAUCCCACAGGCUUCAGCUCAGCAGCCCCAAGAGAUGGAGUGGGAAGCACCUAAGCAAGCAACUUCAGAUGCAGACCUGGACCCGGGCUUGGUGAAAACAUCUGGCUUGUCUGAUCUGAGCAAAUCCAACAGUCUGACCCUCAGCAAGUCUGGUGCCCUGGAUGUUAUGGAGAAGUCCAGUCUUCUCAAUAGCUUGAGCAACAAUGACAACCUGGUGGACCUGGAUAAGUCUGAGGACCUGGACAACUUGUACAAGACACGAGGUUCUGCAGAUCCGGAGGAUGGACCUAGGGAUCCCCCUGUGACAGGAACCGAAGCCCUUGUGCCAGAAGCAUGGAAAGAAGAAGAAGCGGCAUCAGCAUCGAAAGUAGACUUCAAAAGCACAAAGGAUGAUGGAGAGGAGAGUGCAGCCUCCCUUCCCGACAGCCAUGUGGUGAAGUCGCCCGACGUGGUGGAGAUAAGCAGCACUUCCUCGUCACAAGAAACAACAGAAUAUUCCGAGAACUCACCGAAAAUUACACGGCCGGUUAAGAAAGCCCGAUUGAAAGCCCCAAAGAAAAGUGCUCCAGUGCAGAAGGAGGAGGUGGCGACAUCUACAGAGGAGGGGAAGGAGCCUGUUCUCAACAGUACUCUAGAUCCAGCUCCUGAGCCUAUGAAAGAGGGUCUGACUGAGGCUGAGAAAGACAGCAGUGUCAGCCAGAAGGACCCUACUGAGCCCAAAGCACAAGAGGCUGAACAGUUGCCCCAACUUCCAGGGGAAGACCCUGGUGCAAAAGGGAGCGAGAAGCCAGUUGUGAAGGAGCAGAAGAGAAGCGAGCGUGCCAGGAGGGCAGAAGUGUCUCGGCCUGAAACAGUGAACUCCUCUGAGAGCAUUCCUGUCUCAGAUGAGGAUUCAGAUGCCAUGGUGGAUGACCCCAAUGACGAGGACUUCGUUCCCCACCGCACCCGGCGCACCACACGCCUGUCCCUGCGCAACCAGGCAGCCCAGCGAGCUGCCCGUUCCACCGUCACCAAGAUGACUUGCGCCAACUGCCGGACCCCACUACAGAAGGGCCAGACGGCCUACCAGCGCAAGGGGCUGCCCCAGCUCUUCUGCUCCAGCUCCUGCCUCACCACCUUCUCCAAGAGGCCUCUUAGCAAGAAGAGCUGCACCUUCUGCAAAAAGGAGAUCUGGAAUGCCAAGGACUCCGUGGUGGCUCAGGUUGGCUCAGGCAGCUCUUUCCACGAGUUCUGCUCUUCUGUGUGCCUCUCGCUGUACGAAGCCCAGCAGCAAAGACCGACACCACAGUCGGCAGAAGCCUCAGACACUGUCCGUUGCAGUGUGUGCUACAAGGCUGGAGAGAUCCAGCAUGAGGUCAGCAAUGGGAAUGUGGUGCACCGCAUCUGCAGCGACGCCUGCUUCACCAAGUUCCGUGCCACCAAGGGUCUGAAAACCAACUGCUGUGACAACUGUGGCCUCUACCUGUACAACAAGGGCCUGCCACUGGAGUACCUCUUCCACGAAGGGCAGCAGAAGCGCUUCUGUAACACCACCUGCCUCAACAGCUACAAAAAGAAGAACACCCGGGUUUAUCCGUGCAUGUGGUGCAAGACACUCUGCAAGAACUUCGACAUGCUGUCCCACAAAGACCGGAAUGGCAAGAUGGGCCUUUUCUGCUCUGUCUGCUGUUCCACCUCCUACAAAGUCAAGCAGGCUGGCCUGACAGGACCCCCUCGGCCUUGCAGCUUCUGCCGGAAGAGCCUGUCUGAGCCCUGCUACUACAACAAGAACGAGCAGGUGGUGUACCAGUUCUGCAGCCCCAGCUGCUGGACCAAAUUCCAGCGCACCAGCCCAGAAGGUGGAAUCCACUUGACUUGCCAUUCCUGCCACAGCCUCUUCACUGGGAAGCCUGAAAUCCUGGAUUGGCAGGACAAGGUCUACCAGUUCUGCUGCCGAGACUGCUGCGAGGACUUCAAGCGCCUGCAUGGGGUGGUGUCCCAGUGCGAGCACUGCAAGCAGGAGAAGCUGCUGCAUGAGAAGAUCCGCUUCUCUGGGGUGGAGAAGAACUUUUGCAGCGAAGGGUGUGUGCUUCUUUAUAAACAGGAUUUCACCAAGAACCUGGGCCUGUGCUGCAUCACCUGUACUUACUGCUCCCAGACGUGCCAGCGAGCCGUCACCGAGCAGCUGGAGGGCAGCACCUGGGACUUCUGCAGCGACGAUUGCAAAAGCAAAUACCUGCUCUGGUACUACAAGGCGGCUCGGUGCCACGCCUGCAAGCGUCAGGGCAAGCUGCUGGAAACCAUCCAUUGGCGGGGGCAAAUCAAACACUUCUGCAACCAGCAGUGUCUUCUGAGGUUUUAUAACCAACAGAACCAGCCCAACCUGGACACCCAGAAAGGGCCUGAAAGCCUGCUGAACAGUCAGACCCCUGAGCCAAAGCCACCCUCCUCUACCACCACCUCGCAGAAAGCAGAGACCAGCACGGUACCUGCGAAGAACAGCUCUGCCCCGGCAGCCGCCGCCUCUGCUGCUGCAUCCCAGCCGUCAUCUCAGCCAAUCACCCCACGGAAGAACAAAGCCGCCAUGUGCAAGCCUCUCAUGCAGAACCGAGGGGUCUCAUGCAAGAUAGAAAUGAAGUCCAAAGGCUGUCAGACAGAUGCCGACUGGAAGCCCCAAGUGGUUGUGCUGCCCAUUCCUGUGCCCAUUUUCGUGCCUGUGCCUAUGAACAUGUACUGCCAGAAAGUACCUGUGCCUUUCUCCAUGCCUGUCCCGGUGCCUGUGCCAAUGUUCCUGCCCACCACGCUGGAGAGCACGGAGAAGAUUGUGGAGACCAUAGAGGAGCUGAAGGUGAAGAUCCCUUCCAACCCUCUGGAAGCCGAUAUCCUGGCCAUGGCUGAGAUGAUCGCAGAAGCAGAGGAGCUGGACAAAGCCUCUUCGGACCUUUGUGACCUAGUGAGUAACCAGAGUGCAGAAGGCCUCCUGGAGGACUGCGACCUCUUUGGGCCGGCAAGAGAUGACGUGCUCGCCAUGGCGGUCAAAAUGGCAAAUGUCCUGGAUGAGCCGGGCCAGGACUUGGAGGCUGACUUUCCCAAAAACCCCUUGGACAUUAACCCCAGUGUGGAUUUUCUCUUUGACUGUGGCCUUGUGGGCCCAGAUGACGUCUCUGCUGACCAAGACUUGCCUCGGGCCAUGCGCAAGGGCCCGAAGCGCCUAGUUCUCUCAGAGAGCUGUUCGCGGGACUCCAUGAGCAGCCAGCCCAGCUGUACAGCCCUCAACUACUCCUAUGGUGUGAACGCCUGGAAGAGCUGGGUGCAGGCCAAGUACGCUGGUGGCGAGACCAGCAAGGGAGACGAGCUGCGCUUUGGCCCCAAACCCAUGCGGAUCAAAGAGGACAUUCUGGCCUGCACAGCGGCAGAACUAAAUUACGGCCUGGCCCAGUUUGUGAAGGAGAUCACUCGGCCUAAUGGCGAGCGCUAUGAGCCUGACAGCAUCUAUUACCUCUGCCUUGGCAUACAGCAGUACCUGCUGGAGAACAACCGCAUGGUGAACAUCUUCACGGACCUCUACUACCUGACGUUUGUGCAGGAGCUCAAUAGGUUGCUCAGCGGCUGGCAGCCCACCAUCCUGCCCAACAACGCCGUCUUCUCCCGCGUGGAAGAGGAGCACCUCUGGGAGUGCAAGCAGCUGGGCGUCUACUCCCCCUUCGUGCUCCUCAACACACUCAUGUUCUUCAACACCAAGUUCUUUGGGCUCCAGACAGCUGAGGAGCACAUGCAGCUCUCCUUCACCAACGUCGUGCGCCAGUCGCGCAAGUGCACCACAGCACGGGGCACCACCAAGGUUGUGAGCAUCCGCUACUAUGCUCCUGUGCGGCAUCGGAAGGGGAGAGAUGGCGGCCUGGGCAAGCGGAAGCGAGAGGAGGAAGCGCCCGUCUUGGAGCAGCGAGAGAACCGCAUGAACCCUCUGCGCUGCCCGGUCAAGUUCUACGAGUUCUAUCUCUCCAAAUGCCCCGAAAGCCUGCGAAACCGCAAUGACGUCUUCUACCUGCAGCCUGAGCGGUCGUGCAUCGCCGAGUCGCCGCUGUGGUACUCCGUCAUCCCCAUGGACAAAAGCAUGCUCGAGAGCAUGCUCAACCGCGUCCUGGCUGUGCGCGAGAUCUACGAGGAGCACAGCCGCGGAGGCGGAGGUGGCCUGGACGACGACAUGGACUGAGCAGGUGGCGCCGGUCUUGCCAGAGGGAGAUUGGGGGCCCCCAGCACUACUCCAGCCAGCUAGUGGGUGACUGUGGGGUGUGUGUGGCUUGCUGCCCCUUUCCUGCCUGGGUUGGCGGGCAUGUAGGGCUGUAGACACUCCCCACUAGGUGAUCACUUUCCCUCUGCCAAGGAGCCACCCCCCACCCUCCCCUCUCCUCCCGCGCUGCCUAGGAGUGCCUGCUUGCCUGCCCCUUUCUCCUUGCUAUGUGUUGGCUUGGGGAGAGUGUCACAGGUAGGCUCUUCGUCUGGGGAGGGAAGGGUGCAGGGCCUGUCUUCACUAUUGCAGGAGAGCUGGGCUCUGGGGGUGCAGACCCUGUGCCUGGUUGUGCUAAUUGGGGUGGGGUGAAUGGGUUGGCUCCUUGCCGUGCACGUUCUCUUGCAUGGAGGGGGGGGGGUUACAGUUCUCCACUCGCCCAGUAGAUGGCAGUCCUCCCUCCCUCCCCACACCCAUCCCCAACGGUUGAACACACUGUUCUCUGUUCUCUCUCGUAUUGUGGGAGACUAGGCCCUAACGUUGCACCCUGAGCCUCCUUCUCCCCUGCUUCCUCAAUGCUAGCUUGGCCGCCCACCCCACCACGCCCACUGCCCCAUGAGGCGGAGGCUGCUCAGCACCCCACCAACCGUUUCCUCGCCCAUCUGUGUGUGUUGCGUUGAACUCUGAGCUAUGGCUGGUGCUGGUGCUGGUGCUGUCUGUUGAGCCUGUAUAUAUUGUUCUGGCCCAGCCCCUGUCUGUGUCCUUGUUGCCAGUGAGCCAGUCCGCGGGUCUUGUCGUCGUAGUGAUGCCCAGGGCAUUAGGACCCGCCCUCCCCGCGUCUCUCUGGAAACCAUUCAUUUCAAAUAAAGGCACAAAAACUU